AUGCACAGUCUGAGACAAAGGCAAGUCCUGGUUUUCUUUGUUUUGCUCAGUGUGUCUGGGGCAAGCACGGAACUGGGUCCCUACUCCAUAGAGGAAGAAAGGGAGAGGGGCACCUUUGUGACAAAUCUUGGGAAAGAUCUGGGGGUGGAGCUGACAGAGAUAGCCACCCGCCGGGCUCGGAUCAUUUCCCAGGAAGGCAAAGAGUAUUUGCAGCUCAACGUUCAAUCUGGAGAUUUGCUCAUAAAUGAGAAACUAGACCGAGAGGAGCUAUGCGGCCCCACUGAGCCUUGCGUUCUGCACUUCCAAGUGUUGAUGGAAAACCCUUUAGAGGUGUUUCAAGCUGAGCUGAGGGUUAAAGACAUAAAUGACCAUUCUCCCGUGUUCAGCGAAAGAGAAAUGAUACUAAAAAUACCAGAAAACAGUCCCCUGGAAAAUACAUUCCCUUUAAAUAAUGCUCUGGACUCAGAUGUAGAAGUCAACAACAUCCAGAGCUAUAAACUCAGCUCCAACUCUCAUUUCCUGGUUGUAACCCGCAACCGCAGUGACGGCAGGAAGUACCCAGAGCUGGUACUGGAGAAAGAACUGGAUUGGGAGGAGGAGCCUGAGCUGAGGUUAACCCUGACAGCUUUGGAUGGUGGCUCUCCUCCGCGGUCGGGGAUGGCGCAAGUUCUCGUUGAAGUAGUGGACACCAACGAUAAUGCACCAGAGUUUCAGCAGGCAAUGUACCAAGUGCAAAUUCCGGAGAACAGCCCCCCAGGCUCCCUGGUUGUCACAGUCUCGGCCAAUGACUUAGACAGUGGAGAUAAUGGGAAAGUAUUGUACGCUCUCUCUCAACCUUCAGAAGAUAUAAGCAAGACGUUAGAAGUAAAUCCUAUAACGGGGGAAAUUCGGCUACGAAAAGAGGUCGAUUUUGAAACGAUUCCCUCUUAUGAGGUGGAUGUCCAGGCCACGGAUGGAGGAGGUCUCUCAGGAAAAUGUACUCUGCUCCUGCACGUAGUGGACAUAAAUGACAACCCCCCAGAAGUGAUGUUAUCCGCGCUUACCAGCCCAGUCCCAGAAAACUCCCCAGAUGAAGUAGUUGCUGUUUUCACUGUUAGAGAUCCUGACUCGGGGAACAAUGGAAAAGUGAUUUCUUCGAUUGAGGAAGACCUUCCCUUUCUUCUAAAACCUUCUGGAAAGAACUUUUACACUUUAAUAACAAAAAGAGCACUAGACAGGGAAGAAAGAGCACAAUACAAUAUCACGAUCUCUGUCACCGACCUGGGCACACCGAGGCUCACAACCCAACACACUAUAACAGUGCAGGUCUCAGACGUCAACGAUAAUACCCCCGCUUUCACCCAAACCUCUUACACCCUGUUUGUCCGCGAGAAUAACAGCCCCGCCCUGCACAUAGGCACCAUCAGCGCCACAGACUCAGACUCUGGCUCCAAUGCCCACAUCACCUACUCGCUGCUGCCAUCCCACGACCAGCAACUGACCCUGGCUUCACUUAUCUCCAUAAACACCGAUAAUGGGCAGCUGUUCGCGCUCAGAGCGCUGGACUAUGAGGCCCUGCAGGCCUUUGAGUUCCGCGUGGGCGCCACAGACCAAGGUUCACCUGCGCUCAGCAGCCAGGUGCUGGUAAGGGUGCUGGUGCUGGAUGACAACGACAACGUGCCCUUUGUGCUGUACCCGCUGCAGAACGCCUCUGCGCCCUGCACUGAGCUGCUACCCAGGGCUGCUGAGCCUGGCUAUCUGGUCACCAAAGUGGUGGCUGUGGACCGCGACUCUGGCCAGAAUGCCUGGCUGUCUUUCCAGCUGCUCAAGGCCACGGAGCCCGGGAUGUUCAGCGUGUGGGCUCACAAUGGCGAGGUGCGCACCACCAGGCUGCUGAGUGAGCGCGAUGCAACCAAGCACAGGCUGCUGCUGCUGGUCAAGGACAAUGGCGAGCCCCAGCGCUCUGCCAGCGUCACUCUGCAUGUGCUGGUGGUGGAUGGCUUCUCCCAGCCCUACCUGCCUCUGCCAGAGGUGGCGCGCGACUCUGAGCACGGGGAGGAUUCACUAACACUCUACCUAGUCAUUGCCUUGGCUUCUGUGUCUUCGCUCUUCCUCCUGUCUGUGCUGCUGUUCGUUGGGGUGAGGCUGUGCAGGAAAGCCAGGGCAGCCUCUCUAGGUGGCUGCUCUGUACCCGAGGGCCACUUUCCUGGCCACCUGGUGGACGUAAGAGGCAUGGGGACCCUGUCCCAGAGCUACCAGUAUGAGGUAUGUCUAAUGGGCGAUUCUUCUGGGACCAGCGAUUUUAACUUCUUAAAGCCAGUUUUCCCUAGCUCCCUGCCCCAGUGCUCUGGGAAAGAAAUGGAGGAAAAUUCUACACUCCAGAAUAGUUUUGGAUUUGAUCAUUAAUAGAAAACUACUUAACAGAUAUUUCCUUCCCAAUGUUGUCUUGUGGCUUAGGUAAACUCUGUACACCAGUGACUAGCAACAGGUUUAAUUUUCAGGUUCAUGCAAAUGCCACACAUUUGGUUUUACUCAUAUUUGUCCCAUAGAAUUUCUUCAUAUGAUCCCAGUACAUGAAAAUGCUUUAUCUGUACAGUUACAUAUGAUCGUGAAAACUUUUCUACC